GCUCCCAAUCCGGUUCCAUCCGGUUCUCCCACCGCCCCCGCCGCGGGUCCCAGCAGCUCGGGCGGCGGGAGGAGCGGCAGCGGCCAGGCCAGCCCGGCUCCGUGAAGGCUCUCGGCGCGCGCCGCGGCCCGCAGGCACCCCGCCACGCGCGCUUCCCGCCGCCACGAUGCCCAAGAGGAAGGUCAGCUCUGCCGAAGGGGCGGCCAAGGAGGAGCCCAAGAGGAGAUCGGCCAGGUUGUCGGCUAAACCGACUCCUGCAAAGGUGGACGCGAAGCCCAAGAAGGCAGCUGGCAAGGAAAAGUCGUCUGACAAGAAGGUGCCGGCCAAGGGCAGGAGAGGGGCAAAGGGCAAGCAGGCCGAGCUGGCCAACCAAGAAACCAAGGAGGACAUGCCCGCAGAAAACGGAGACACUAAAAACGAGAGUCCCGCCUCUGACGAAGCCGAGGAGAAGGAAGCCAAGUCCGAUUAACACCACACACCACGUCUUAUCAGUGCUCCCUGUCUCCCUUCUUGUACAAUCCAGAGGAAUAUUUUUAUCAACUAUUUUGUAAAUGCAAGUUUUUUAGUAGCUCUAGAAACAUUUUUAAGAAGGAGGGAAGCCCACCUCAUCCCAUUUUUUAAGUGUAAAUGAUUUUUUUUAAGAGGUGAAAUCAUUGCUGGUUGUUUAUUUUUUGGUACAACCAGAAAGUAGUGGGGUAUUGGAUUAGGGGAGGCUCUGCCUGUCGGUGUCCGCUUCACAUUCCGUAGGUGGGUGGCUUUUGUAUGCUACAACACACUGCACACCAAAUGGCAAUUCCCGGUCGUAACUGUGCAUUGCAUCUGUCUUGGAAAUUUUCAGUUGCUUCUCCCGUGUUGGUCAGUAGAGCUGUUUCCUACAGUGAACCACUCCUUGUUGCUGUGUCAGAACCGUGCACGCCCUGUUACACCUUUGGCUGUGGGGGUCCAGGGUUCCUAAUCGUUAACGUGCUGUGAAAGACUGAAGACUUGCGUGUCGUGUAUGUGAUGUUCAGUCGUGAGUGGGUGGGAUUUAGUGACAGCAACUGCAGACACUGGUACUUGGUAGCCUCUUGCAGAAGAGCUGCCUUCAAAUUCAAAGCUGGAAAGUCACUGGAAUAACUUCAAAAAUGACAAUUCAUGGCUUGUUACUCUUGGUACGUAUGUUAAGCUUUGUAUACAAAUUGAAAUGUCCAUGUACUGAUUCUCGACACCAAUAAAAUCUCAGUUGUGAA